UGAAUGGGGAGAUGAACCAACAAGAGGUGCAGGGGCUGGUGCAGGUGAAUGCCAUCUUGGCUGCAGCAGCCAAAGAUACAUCACUAGACAAAGCCCUAUAGAUCUUAAAGAAAGGCUUUUGAAGGUAGUAAAUAUCUCCCAUUUCAUCUCUUUCUUUGUGUUUGUGACUCGAGAUCCAUCCUAUAAGAGCUUCCUGCUACGGAAAUGAAGAGUCUCACAAAUGGGCUUCUAGAAGUUGGCUACUACAAAUCCAGUCAUAUGGAGGCUUUGGCAAGUCUAGCUAUCUGCAAAAACCUAGGAUAUGGUUUGUGUGGAGGAGAAGCUUGCAUGCACAGUCAUCAAACAACUCGUCACGAUUUGCAGAGGAUUUUACCCAAGAAGUGUACGUGGACAGCAUUAUGUGUGAGCUUCCUCGGCUGCAAUCUUCUAAGCUGCGAGUCAAUCACACAGUGGGCUCUAAAUCAUUUCUUUUGCAUCCCAAAGUCUGACGUGCAUCUUUUCCAAAUUUAUGCUACUGUUAUGUGUGACCUUAUGUGGUUUAGCAGAAAUCGAGCAGUUCAUGAUGGAGUCUUUCCAAAUGUGCUUGUUUUAUCUACAACUAUAAAGAAAAUCUCUCUGGACCACUUCAAGGCUUGGAAAGACAUCUCGUCUCCUUGUGUGGAAAGAUGGUCUCCUCCAGUGGGCUCCUCCCUCAAGAUAAAUUUUGACACAGCUAUAAGAGAUUCUUUCUCGGCACAAGGAGCUGUCUGCCGCGACUCUUCUGGAAAAAUCCUAGAGGCUGUUUCUCAGAUUAUCCCCUUGUGUGAUCCCACUUACAGUGAAGCCUUAGCUGCUGCUCUAGCCAUCUCUUUGGCUAUAUCUUUAGGCUGUGCAGAUUUCUUUCUAGAAGGGGAUUCUCAAGUGGUGAUUAUGGCGCUGCAGCAUCCCUCCAUAGUUUGUGACUGGAAGAUUGUAGAUAUCAUCUUCAACUCCAUUGCUACCAUCCCCUUGAUCUCCUCUUGGAGAGCAAAAAAAGUUCACGUAAGUGCAAAUUUCUACACCCAUCAUCAUGUGACAUAUUGGACCGCAGCUAGAGUUUAUUCUAAUUACAUUCCCACUCAUUUACCUCACCCCCUGCUUAUCCUAUUUGUAGUGGCACAAACCCACCUCCUUUAGUUUGAUUUUCUGCUGUUCUUAGUUCUUGUUUGUUUCAGUCUCUACUUACAAAAAAAAAAGAAAAAAAAAAAAAAAAUCAAGGGAUCAAGAUACUAAUCACAUGUAAGUUCAAAACGUCCUGUGUAUACUUUCGUGUCAAAACUUUAAAUACUAAAGUGACUUGUUUUGUGCGGCAAUUACUCUGUCCAUGCUUUCACUUUAUAUUAAACAAGUUAAUCAUGUAAACUCG